CUUAUUUUAGUAUUUGUAUUGUAUUUUGGAGAAACAAUAUUCACGUGUCUGGACGCAUCUUAUUGGCCAACGAGUCCUUCUGUGCUCCCCAGCUGCUCUCCUACACGUGGCUGUUGCACACCAGAUUCAGAUGGGAUGAAGAAAGAUUCAGCUGAGAUUAUCAUGGCACAAAAGGAUCAUGCAGAUAUCCACCAAGAUAACAGGAUUUGCUUUGAGGGUUGGAUGGAGCCAAAGAUAGACAUCAGACAAGAUGGCAGAGAUGAGAGGAAGCGAAGCAGUCGGACAUCAUCCUUGCCUAGCCUAUGGAACAACAGAAAAGACUGGGGCAAAAUAAGGUCCUUGCAUCCAUCACUCAGUUUGACUUCUUCCUCAAUACCUGUUCUUCCUACUGCUCAUGUCACUCAGCUCAGUAAGUCAGCACCAAUGCUAAUGGACCCUCUUCUUCAUGCAAGUGUGCUGCUGCAAGCACGGACUAACAUUCAUAAUAAAAUGUUUGCAACUCCGGUUUAUGAAAAUCUUAGAGUAGACAGUUCUGCAGAGAGAACCAGACAGGUCCAUACAGCACUUCAAGUUAAAAGACAAACCAAUGGAAAACUGAAGGGCCAAAAAACAGUGGAGGUUAACCGAAGGAAACAAGCUCAAUCAGAGAGAUCCAGUCGAGCUAAAUGCAGGCAACUCAAGCGGAGGGAUAAUGUUACCAAAGGGAUAAAGAAAAACCCUCCUUCUUCAGAGAAUAAAUGCUAUGUCCUUGUAACUUCUGCUUGUGGAGCAGUCCAGCAAAAUAAAUCUGAAAUGCACAUCGAGGGAGAUGGAAGGGAAUUAUCAAGCCCAGAGAGACAACGUACUUCCAUACUAUCAGUGAUUGAGGAAGUACUUUCCAACACUGUAUCCAAAACAAGUCUCAUAAAGGAAAUAAUAAAUCAAGAACAAACUCCAAUUGAUGCAGGUGCCAAAAGUGAACCUGAAAUAUCAAAUGAAAUCAAAUUGCCAUCGCAGCCUCUUAUCAAUACCUGGACAAGUGAUGGAACAGUCUCACCUGUGUACCACAGCUUUCUAGAUGAGGUUGGCGAUGGACCUCUCACAGAUGACCUGCUGAGGUUUUUGGCAGAGGAGUUGAUCUCACUCGAGAGAAGAGAUGUUGAAACACUCAAGACUGAAAAGGAAGAUAGCACAGAGUUAAAAAAUAAUGUGCCUUCAAGAUUUAGAAUUUUUUUAAAUGAGGGUUCAUUCUCAGGUGAACUGCAUUACACGAAUGGAUCUUGCUCAGAUGAUGCCAUCACAUGGACAAAGGGAGAGGUUCUGGGUAAAGGAGCUUACGGAACAGUGUAUUGCGGGCUAACCAGUCAAGGUCAGCUGAUUGCAGUAAAACAAGUGGCACUAGAUGCUUCCACUUCAGAGAUGGCAGAAAAAGAGUAUGAACGCCUGGAGAGAGAAGUGGAUCUUCUUAAGACCCUUCAUCACACUAACAUUGUUGGUUUCUUGGGCACAGCUCUCUGUGAGAAUACUGUAAGCAUCUUCAUGGAGUAUGUUCCAGGGGGCUCAAUCUCAAACAUCUUGAGCCGGUUUGGACCCUUGCCAGAGAUGGUCUUUGUUCUAUACACUCGACAAAUUCUGGAAGGUGUUGCCUAUCUUCACGCUAACAGGGUCAUCCAUAGAGAUCUGAAGGGGAACAACAUUAUGCUUAUGCCCAACGGAGUGGUCAAGCUAAUCGACUUUGGUUGUGCUCGUCGUCUUGGCUGUCUUCACACUUCAACUGGAAGUAAGAGUGACCUUCUGAAGUCUGUGCAUGGUACCCCAUACUGGAUGGCACCAGAGGUGAUAAGUGAGACAGGUCAUGGACGAAAAUCAGACAUCUGGAGCAUUGGCUGCACGGUGUAUGAAAUGGCCACUGGAAAGCCACCCCUUGCUCACAUGAACAAGAUGGCAGCCCUCUUUUACAUUGGGGCUCAAAAGGGCUUAAUGCCAUCUCUGACUGAUGACUUCUCUACACAUGCAAAGAGCUUUGUCAAGGCUUGCCUAACCAGAGAUCCAAAGCAACGACCUUCAGCAGAGGAACUGUUAAGACAUCCAUUCAUCUCUCAUCACAGCCAAGCCUGCAAUAGGCCAAUGAACUGAAAACUUAAUUCACCAAAUCAAAAAGUGACUUUUAAAAACAAUGAUACAAAGCAAACUGACAUUGUGAGGCAACAUAAUUUAACAUGGCGAAAAAUGUAAUUUAUAAAAUAACACAGUGAAGAUCUGGAAAUAGUUAUUUGACAGAUGUGCCAAUAAGUUCUUAACGCAAUAAAUGAUCACAUAAAGACUGAGGUUAAGGUAGUGGAAACCAUGGAAUUUAUUAUUAAAUCUAAAUAAAAUUGGUUAAAGACAAAAAAAAGUGUGCCAGGGUUUGCACUUGCCUUAUCCAACUGCAAUUCAGCGAUCCAAAGUAAAAUGAUGAUUUGUACAAUGCUGGCCUCAUUUACCAAUAUCUUCACACUAAAAAGAAUCAAAAUCAAAACCAUUCAUCCAUAUUCAGAAAUAAUGUUACGGGCCUAUGAAAUCCCAGAUCUCUUUGGGUCAGCACUGUGAUAAUGAACUCAAUCACCUUUUACCCACAUAUGUUUCUGGUAAUUUGUUAAAGAGUUGCACAAAAUAGGCUAUUGCUUCAAACCAAGAAUUAUAUAAAAUGCACUUCACAGCGAAGGUUAUGUAAACUUCAUAGAACUAUACUUUUUGAGGCACAGCCUUUGGCAUCCAGCUUAAGGUCAUCUUGAAGAUCAAAAAAGGUACAAAUUGCAUGGCCCUGACAACAUGCCAGGUAAUUGGCAGGGUGUGGAUUGCCUGCUAGUUCACCCUCUCCUGAUAGCAACAUGGAACACCAGUUCUAGAGCACAUCACUAGAAGGCUGUGCUAGAAUUGCCAAUAUGAUAGAUUCUAACACAGAGUCACAAAAUCCCCCCCACCCCAAUAUAUAUAUAUAUAUAU